CAUCAGAAAUACUUUUGAAAAGUCAAUACCAAAAUAUCCCUUCUUUAAUUUCUUUAAAAAGUCAAUAUGGAAAAGACUUAGAAACAUUAUAGUCCCAAUUUCUCUCCAUCGCCUUCUUUUCUGAGUCUUCUCUUCUUUCCACUCUGCUCAGAAAUCCUCAGGUGAAAAUGGACAUCCGAGAAUCGAUCAGGAAUCAUGUUUGCGUUUCCUUCAAGCUAGCGAAUCACGUCUUCUCCACCGUCACCAAAGACGAUUCAAACCUUAUCCUCUCUCCUCUCUCAAUCAACGUCUUAUUGGGCCUCAUCGCCGCCGGUUCCAAAGGCUCCACUCUCCACCAGCUCCUCGAUUUCCUCAACUCCAAGUCAUCCGAAGAUCUUAACGCCUUCUCUUCUCAGGUCGUCUCCGCCAUCUUCGCCGACGGCAGUCGCGUUGGGGGCCCCCGAUUGUCCGUGGCAAACGGUGCGUGGAUCGAGCAGACUCUGCCUUUGAAGGCUUCCUUCAAACUUGUCGCGGAGACUGUUUACAAGGCCGUCUCUGAAUCGGCCGAUUUCCAAAACAAGGCAAAUGAAGCGGCUAACCAGGUAAAUUUGUGGGUAGAGAAGGAGACUGGCGGUCUUAUCAAAGAGAUACUUCCUGUUGGUGCAGUCGACAGUACAACUCGACUCGUUUUAGCAAAUGCCUUGUAUUUCAAAGGAAACUGGGCUGAUAAAUUCAAUCCAUUAGAGACAAAGGACAACGAGUUCCACCUCCUUAAUGGGAGCUCCGUACAAGUCCCAUUCAUGAGCAGUAAGAAGAAACAAUGUGUGAAAUCCUUCAAAGGUUUCAAAGCAUUGAGACUUCCCUAUGAACAAGGGGAAGAUAAGCGUCAUUUCUCCAUGUACAUCUUCUUACCAGAUGCCAAGGACGGGCUGCCAUCUUUAAUGCAUAAGAUCUAUUCUGAGUCUGCGCUCUUGGAUCAUUGCCUCCCCUACAAUCCUGUUGGAGUGGGUGAGUUUCGUAUCCCAAAAUUCAAGUUAUCAUUUGGUUUUGAGACUUCAAAGGUUCUGAAGGAGCUUGGGGUGGUGGCUCCAUUUGCGGGAGGGGGCCUCACUGAGAUGGUGGACUCCCCUGCUGCGGGAAGUGUGCUAUAUGUUUCACAAAUAUUCCACAAGUCGUAUAUCGAGGUCAAUGAGGAAGGCACAGAAGCUGCAGCUGCCACCGUGGCUACUGUGAACCUAAGGAGCUUGUUGGUGGAAGACAAGAAGGUGGAUUUUGUAGCUGAUCAUCCGUUUCUCUUUUUCAUCCGAGAAGAUUUGACCGGAGUUAUUGUCUUCAUCGGGACUGUGACUAAUCCUCUACCUUUUUGAUUAAUCAUUGGUCACAAAUGCCAUGGUAAUUUCUUUAAUGUACCAAGAUUGUUGGGUUGCUGCCAG